CAUUGUAUGUAUGUAAUACCACAUCUUCUUUAUCCAUUCAUCUAUCGAUAGACAUUUAGGUUUUUUCCAUGUCUUGGCUAUUGUGAGUAGUGCUGCUGUGAACAUAGGGGUGCAUAUAUGUUUAUGAAUUAUAGUUUUGUCUGGAUAUAUGCCCAGGAGUGGGAUUGCUGGAUCAUAUGAUAGUUCUAUUUUUAGUUCUUUAAGGAACCUCCAUACUGUUCCCCAUAGUGGCUGUACCAACUUACAUUCCCACCAACAGUGUAGGAGGGUUCCCUUUUCUUCACGCCCUCUCCAGCAUUUGUUAUUUGUAGACUUCUUAAGGAUAGCCAUUCUGACCAGUGUGAGGUGGUACCUCACUGUAGUUUUGAUUUACAUUUCUCUGAUAAUUUGCGAUGUUGAACAUCUUUUCGUGUGCUUAUUGGCCAUCUGUAUGUCUUCUUUGGAGAAAUGUCUAUUUAGGUCUUCUGUCCACUUUUUGAUUGGGUUGUUUUUGUUGUUGUUACUGUCGAGUUACAUGAGCUGUUUGUAUAUUCUGGAAACUAAGCCCUUGUUGGUCGCAUCAUUUGCAAAUAUUUUCUCCCAUUUGGUGGCUCGUCUUUUCGUUUUGUUUAUGGUUUCCUUAGCUGUGCAAAAGCUUGUAAGUUUGAUUAGGUCCUAUUUGUUUAUUUUUGUUUUUAUUUCUAUUGCCUUGGGAGACUGACCUAAGAAAACAUUGGUACAAUUUAUGAGGCCUGACAGUGUUCUAAUUGCUUUUCAAGAAACCGUAAACCCUGGAUUAUAGAAACACAGUAUCGUUGCUGCCACUGCCUCCACCCACACCCGGGGCAGACAUUCAUAAUCAAUCCCCACACUCUUUCCCACCAAACCCGGAUGUGACCUCACAGUCCUUCUCAGCCUGACACCCUAGGAAGCCAUUAUCAAUCCAUAGACGUGGGCACAAGUGAUGAAACCCAUGACUUCUAAUGAUUCAAAACACUGAUAUUAUUUCCCAAUCUUUGAACAGUUCUGAAGAUCUAUAAUAUUAUGAAUUUAUGAUUUAUAACGUCACAUCAUGAUUAAGACAAGGCCAGAGCCCUGGGGAGUCGUAACAAGUUGGUAAGGAGCUGAUGUCAGGAGCUGCUCUGAGGUAGCCCGCAUCUCGGGAAGUGCAACCAGGACAGCUGUGGGACUUAGAGGUCGCACAGGCUAAGGAGCUCCAGGACAUACACCAGGCAGUUGCUGUAGAGGUUAAAUUGUGCCUUUGACUGCCAGUAAAAUGAGGCGCUGACUGAAAAAAAAACUGUAACUUUAUCGUAUCACAGAACAAGAAGUGCAGAGGUAGAGUGGACUCCAGGAUUGGUGACUCAGUGGCUUGGUGUUUUCAUCGAGGACUGAGGUUCUUCCCUCCUUUGGCUCUGCCAUCCUCCCUCAUGGGUCAGCCCCCUUAAGAGGCACAAGGAGACCAUGAAAGUUACAGGAGUCACAUCUACACACACCGACGUCCAGGGUCAUAAGAAGAGGCUGUCACUUCUGGUGUCUCCUCUUAAAGAUAUGAUGGUUAUCACUUAUAUAACACUUAUUACGUACCAGGCACUCUUCUAAGCAGUUUACAAACAUAAACUAAUUGUGAUCCUUACAGCAAUCCUGUAGGUAUGUAUUAUUAUUAACCCCGUUGAACAGAUGAGGAAAUGGAAACAGAAAGGUUAAGUAAUUUUCCUGAUGACACACAGCUAGUAAGUGGUGGUGCCAGGAUUGUAAACCAGGCAGUCCACUCCGGAGUCUGUGCUCUUAACCUCAAAGCUCUCUGUACUGCAAAAGAGCCUUUCAGAAGCAACCCACAGACUUGCCUUCGUGCUUCCGUGGCCAGACGUGAGUCACAUGCCCACCUCUAAACCAGUCAGUGACAAGAGACAUGGGAUUACUACAGAGGGGCUAAACUGAACAAGAUUUAUCUCUGAGCUGGAGAUGGACUGAGCCUGAAAAAAAGUAAGGUUCCAUUCCCCAAGAAGGGGAAUGUACAUAAGGCAAGGAACCACUAUCACCUGCUUAUGAGGGGCUGCCUACAGACAGUCCAGCCUCACUACUAAUUCCAUUUCCUCUGCACUUAUAAGGUAAGAUGGUGUAUUAUACCGUAGUCAUCCACACAUGCAUGUCUCCCUCUUCCCACUUGCUUGCAAGCACUCCGAAGAUAGGAACAAAUCUCACAAAUCUGCAUAUUCCCCACAGGGCCUGGCAUAGGGCCUGGCUCAUAGAAAGUGUUCAAGAAACGUUUGUUCGUUAUAAUUGAAUUUUCAUUCUCAAGUCUACUUAAUUGGAGAGGUCAACAGUUGGCCAUGCUCAAGGCAGGCCGAUAAUGCAUUUUCACAUUGAUCUAGCAAUCAAAUAAAUUCUGAGAAACUUCCCUUGCCAUGCAAAAUAGCAUGAAAUCACACAUUAACAUAGGUCAAUACAAAAGCCUAAACUUAUUAAAUUGUUAGUGUCUUGCACUCAGCACCCUUGGAAGUAACAUUAAUGUCACAUUUUAUUGUGACUUGACAGUUCCACUAUAUUUAACGAAACACAUCAGAGAGCCAUAGACAGAGCAGGCUUCAUAAUUUGUACCACCCAGUGCAAAAAAAAAAGAUGCAGAGACCCAGCCUGGGUAGAUGAGUCUGUCUCCCCUUUCGUGAGCUUAUUGUUCCAAACCACGGUGGACGGGUGACCCCGCAAGAGACUGUGACUUCCCAGUACUGAGAUUGAGAGUGGCUGCGAGGGCCCCAUGGAUUUGCACACUGAGCUCAGUCCCUGAGCAGGAAUUAGCAUUUCUCUUCCCCACCUCUGGAAACAGCUGGACACGUGCCUGAUUCCAACUCUACCUGUGCCGUGCACCUCCCUGGGGGCAGAGUGUAACAGUAGAACUCAGGCCACCCCGCCUGGUUGCUACUGUAGUCAGAGGGACAGGGGCAGGGGCAGGGAGGGAGAAGCCAGGCGGAGCCUGGGGCUUAGUGGGUGGAUCCCAGAGAGGCAGUGGGAAGGCGGGACCCCCUGUGAGCGGAAGCUACCAGCCCCAGGCGCAUGCUCUGUAGUCCCAGCAUAUUCCACUUACAUAAAUUCAAAGAUAAAAGUAUUAAGGAUCUCAGGACAGCAACUACAGAGCGUUAAACCACAGGACCCUGUGCAGCUGCACUUAUCACACGCCCUGGCCCCAGAGGUGAGCUGUAGUGCCUUGCUCAGAUGUGAAUAUCCAGCUGUGGAGAAGAGAGACGCCAUUUUAAGUCGUGCUAUUAUACGAAAGCUGGUUGAAUGCAUGAGCUUAUCUCAGGGAAUGGGGAAGAAAUUAGACAAUGAAGAGGGUAACUGCUCUCCCGGGUUCCAUUCAGUGGCUCCUCUCCUGAUGUAUGCCAUGGUGACUUUGGACUUUACCCUGUAGACAGGGAACCAGGAACCAUUCCACGUUUUUUAAGUGGAGGAGUGACAUAAUCAGAUUUGUCUCAAGCAUGGGUUUCUUUGGGGGCAGUGUGGAGGAGGAAUUCAACUGACCCUAGGCAGGCAAAUCAACCAAGUUCUACAUCAGUUAUUACUGAAAGUAAUAUAAUAGCACCAUGGUUAAAGGUGAGGGCUCUUUAGUUAGAGUAUAGCUGGAUUCAAAUCCUGGUUCUGUCACUUACUAGACAUAUAAACUUGAGCCAGUCACCUGCCUUCUCUGAGAUUCAAUUUCCUUAUCUGCUAAAAUGAAGUAAUAGCAAUAGGGUUCUUGGGAGGGUUGAUGCAGUGAUAUACAUAAAGCUUUUAACACAGUGCCUGCAUCAUUAAAUAUAGCUAUUAUCAUAUUUUAUUGCCAUAGGAAAUAGAUUCUUAUUGGUUUCUCUUCCCAGCUCCAUGUUCAUAUCCUUUCUAAAAUUUCUGUGCUUCCAAUUAUAAGAGGAAAAGGGGCACAUGCCUGACCACCCCCAUCUACCACUCUCUCUCCCCUCUGGAACCUAUAAUUCCUUGGGGCAGAAGGAGUGGCUAUUCUUUCCCCUGCUUUAUAACCGUAUUCCUCUACCUUAGGAUAGCAGUCUCAAGAUCUAGCUGUCCAAUAUGGAGUAGCAUCUUAUCUACUUACAGAAGGAACUCUUGUCUGUGUCUCUUUUAUAUGAAAGGAAUUUAGAAAAUUCCACUUUCUGUUCAUAACCUAAUUUUAAACAUAUUGUGGCUAAAGAAGUCAUCUCAUUCAUUUACUCAUUCCUUCAUUCACCCUCUUGCCCUGGAUCAAAAAGUCUAUGUAAAGGAUGAACUAAAGGGUGAUGACUUAAGGAAGAAAUAAAAACAUAUUAGUUUAAUAUUUGCAGUAUAUUGUUUCCAUUAAAAACAAAACCCAUCAGUGUUAUAUUAAUAUAAAUGAAGUAAUAUGGAAAUCCCAUUUAUCUGUAACUCACCAGGAGAGAGAUCAUUUGGGGGACACAACAAAAGCAGUUAUACCUCAGGAGCACCAGAGGCGACUGGCACUGUUUCCCAGGUAUUAGGAAAUACCUAGAAAUUAGAAUGAAAGAAUGUGUUUAUCAAAACAAAAACUCCAGGGCCAUGUGCUUUCAAAGAUGGAGAAGUUAAACAUCGUGAGCUUUAGAAUCGGGCACACUAGGUUUGCAUGUGCAUGGAGACUGGCAAUUUUAGGUUUUGCAAUUUGGCAAAACCCGUGGGCAAUCGGAAUCGCCUUGCCAGGCCCACUGAGUGAUGCUGCAGAUGAGGAGCAGGUGUGCUGACCUGCUUGGCCCUAAUGGUCAGAGAAGUUGGUGCUGGGCUACGGCAGGAAAUGGAGAUGCAAGUGGUCUGUGGGUGCUACGCCUCAAACUUUAAUGUGCAUAUGAAUCACCUGGAGAACUUGUUAAGGUGCAGAAUCUGAUUCAAUAGGUCUGGGGGUGUGACUUGAGAUUCUUUAUUCCUAACACACUCCGCCGUGAUGCCAGCGCUGCUGGCCGUGAACCACGCUUUGAGUAGUGAGGGCGCAUACUCCAGUGGGUGGCUGUGUACCGAGUUAGCUUUUGCUGCUGGUCCUGCUGUCACCUGCUGCUUCAGUAUUUGUACAUUUCUAUGUUGUGCAUCAAACUGGUAACUGGGUCUCUUUCUUUCUUAUUCAGUUGUUAACAAAUAUCUGCAGAGUACUUACUAUCGCAGAGAUAAUGGCAAUUUGAAGGUUUGAAGCAGAGGGGUGAUGGGACUGGAUUUAUCCCAUGUACUGGUUCACUUUGGCUGCUUUUGAUAAACAGAUAGUAUGUGGGCAAGAAUGGAAACAGGGAAAUCAAGUAGGAAGCUGUUUCCAUAGAACAAAUGAGUGGUGAAGGAGUUAGGGCAAGGUUUUUAGUAGUGAAGAUGCUGAGAAGUGACCAGAUUUAGGAUCUGUUUUGGAGACAGUAGUAACAGAACUUGCCAAUAGAUUGGCUGUCAGUAGGAGAGGAAAAGAAGAAUCAAGGUCAACUCCUAGGUUUUUGGUCUGAGCAACAAAGGGCUACUUACUAAGAUGGAGAAGACUAGGGGAGGGGCAGGUUUGGGAGGGGAAAUCAAGAGUUGUGUUGUGGGCAUGUUGGGGUUGAGAUGGCCGCUUGUGUCAGAGGAGAGUUGAGAGCAGGCAGUUAGAUGUGUGCAUCUGGAACUCAAGGGGAGCCCAGUCUGGAGGUCGGGGCGGGAGAGCCACAGAGCAUGCAGGUGGGAAUUAAAGCACAGGCCUGGAUGAGGUCCCCUGGGAGACAGUGUAGAGAAGAGAAGAGAGCCCAGAGCAGAGAACUCUAACAUUGAAAAGCUGGAGAGAGUAGAAAGGGUCUGCCAGAGAGCCUGAGCAGUUGGCCCAGUAGAGUAGGAGGAACGAGUGACAGAACAAAAGAAGAAAUUGCUUCAAGGAAGAGGGAUGAACAAUUUGUGUCAAAUGUGGCUAUGAGGUCAAAUAUGAUGGGAACAGACUUAGCCAUUGGGAUCAGUCACAUGGAAGUUAUCAGUGGCCGUGAUAAGAGCCAUUUCAGGGGCGAAGAGUGAAGGAGAGGAUGACAAAGUGGACAGAGUGUAUCUAGAGAGCUCUUCCCAGGAGUCGUGACGUGAAGAAUAGCAGAGACAUGGGGUGAGAACUGGGUGCCUCUAUCUGAAUCUCUGCCUUGACAGCAUGUAAAGCACCUCAUUUUCUCCACCUUCGGUUGGACUUGGGCCGCAGCUUGGUCUUUAUAGACUACAUGUAGGCUGGAGUCUUUUCCUGAAUCUUAGCCCCACAUCUGGCAAUGUACAACUGUCUGCCCGACGACCCUGAAGACAAGUUUCUGCCCACUAGAGUCUCCGUUUAAAGUAAGAGUAAACCAUGUACCCAGGAGAGACGUGGACAAAAGGAGAAAGAAAGAGGUAAGUCUUUUCUUUCUUUUUUUAAUUGAAGUAUAGUUAUUUACAAUGUUGUGUUAGUUUCUGGUGUACAGCAAAGUCAUUCAGUUAUACAUACAUGUAUAUUCUUUUUCAUAUUCUUUCCCAUUAUGGUGUAUUACAGGAUAUUGAAUAUAGUUCCUUGUGCUAUACAAUAGGACCUUGUUGUUUAUCUAGUUUAUAUAUAGUAGUUUGUAUCUGCUAAUCCCAAACCCAUACUUUAUCCCUCCCCCACCCCUUUCCCCUUUGGUAACCAUAAGUUUGUUUUCUAUGUCUGUGAGUCUGCUUCUGUUUCAUAGAUAGGUUUAUUUGUCUUAUAUUUUAGAUUCCACACAUAAGUGAUAUCAUAUGGUAUUUGUCUUUCUCGAAGUAAGUAUUUUCCUUACAAAACCAGAAAAGUUCUAUGUAGUUGACGGCAGUCAGUGACGAUGCUGGGUCUUCAGAAAGCAUGACCAUCAAAACGAUGACGGUUGAAGGUAAGAAGUCAGAGACCUCCCAUCAUCAGCAAUUAUAAGCAAGGUGACAGACGCUCACAGUGCUAGGAAUUAUUUAAAUUUAAUUUUUGAACUGUCAAUACCUUCACCUGGUUCAGAGUUCAUAAAGUAAAAAGAAUGUACAGUGGAGUCUCCAUCUGAGCCCUGUCCCCAGCCUUCCACUUCCCAUCCCCUGAGUCAACUAGGCUUGUAAGUUUCUUGGCCAUCCUUCAGUACACACGUGCAAAUACACGUGCAUUCUUCCCUCUCUCCACCUUUUGGCACAAGUGGUAUUAUAGCCAACAUACGAUUCUGCAUCUACAAAGACAGGAAUCUGGCAACUUGGAGAGAAGUGGAUUUUUGCAGCUUCACCUAACAGCUGUGAAAUUCAUGAUGAACGUCUUUUAGGAAAGCAGUUUUUUAUUAGGUAGUAGGUAUGAAAAACGGAGUCUAAGUUGAGAUCUCUCAUGUGUCUGGGAGCAUCUGUUGAAUGGGGUGGACCUGUGAGGAGGUAGAAGGUACCUGGGAGAACAAGGUAGGAAAUGUGACAUUUGUGCCUAAGAAUUCUCAUACAAGUUCCCAGGUCUGUCAUGGAACCUUGCCAUCACUGACGUGUUUGCUCGCCAUCACCCCAUCCCUUCCAGCACUCUGGGAAGGCUCUGCCCUCCUGCCAGCACACCCACGGGGGUCCUUGGCUGGAUCCCUCUGAAGUCAGUCACCUACGAAGAUCACCUCCUGUUCUCUGUCAAAGUUGGCCUUGUAUCGCAAAUGCCUCCGUCUUGGCUGGCCAUCCUUGCAGUGCCUCCAUCAGGAUUUAUCGUGUGACCAGGUCCCCGUGCUCCUGGUUUAACAUCCCACCACCAGCUGCAUAUCUGAGCCCCUCUCCUAGCGGGGUGGGUGUGCCUCUUGAAUGUGAAUCAAUUCUAAUAUUUUUAAAAAAAGGACCCAGUUUUUUAAAUUACCAUCUGACAUGCCAAGUGAAGUGAAGCUCAUUUUCAAAUGAUUCCCAGCUGUCAUAAUAGCAUUGUGCCUGGAUGGCUCAGUCAUCACAGAAGAAAGGAGGGCGAUUUUAUUUCAAAUUUAACCUGAUAACAGGAAUUGUGAUUGGAAAUCAACUUGGGAUAUUUAGAGCAGCUACUUAGAAUCACAUCAAUUAACAUUUGUCCAUUGCUUUACUGUUGAUAAAGCACUCUUAUGUACACUGUCAUCAUAUAUGUUAGGGAGUGAUGGUGGCUCCAAGGAGAGAACAAAACUGAAGUAUUUUACCGCCUAAGCUUAGAAAUGGUGAGGAAACAGACAGGUUCUUUCAAAAGGAGACCACAGAGCUAAGCACAAAAGAAUAAGCAUUACCAGCGCCAAACCCAGAGAGACUGAGAUGAAAACAUUGUCAAUUCAAGAUAGAUAUAUUGUGGGAGGAGAGUCAAGCUAAACUGAGCUCCUAUAACAAAGUGUCAGGAUGGAGGGCUGUUAGACAACUGUUUGGCCAAAGUAGGUUGCUUGUUCUUUUAUUUAUCGCAUAGGUAAUGCGUAGCUUUGUAUUAAAAUAUCACAACUUCAGAUAAACCCGAAAGAAAGUGGCAGUAUAUUUUAGGCUUCUCUGUCUAGCCUCUCUAUGGCCACAUUCUUGGAAACAUUUGCCUGAAUUUCAUCUCCACUGAGACCCCCAAUUUGCUGCUGCUUUCCUUGUUUCCCUGUAAAGUCUUUACCAACCUGCUGUCUCUUCCAGUGGUUUGGGAAUCAACAUUUUCCUAGCUGUUGAUGACUCAGGAAUGGACUUAACUGUUGAUAACCGCAUGUCCUGGAGGGUUGGCACUCAUAGUUAUCGUUUAUCUCAGAAGCUGAAUUGCACACUCUAUCCAUAUAAAUUGUGAGAGAAUUCAUCUUGAUGAAUGCCGAGCAUGAUUCGCCACAUCUGGCGAUUUUGACUGGCCAACUGUGAAUAAGUAUUUUCUUUAUGGUGCUUUCCCCAGAGUUUUGCGGAACUGGCUGGAGCACAUUUUUGUGUAUCUACUUCCCGCCCUCACUCCGUUUGCCUAUCAGGUUCCCUUGCAUACAGUAGGUACUCAAUACAUGUUUACUGAAUGAAAGUUCUCUUUCUUAGAGCAGGAUGAGGCUCCACCGCUGAAUGGGUUCCGAAGGCUUCGUUUCCCAUGAACUCCUCCUGUGCGAAGCGACUGUCCUGAUGAGAGAGUGAGAGCUGAACUGUUGAAAAGACUGAUUCUCCCCCUUGAAUCAGUGUCAGCAUCCGUGUAGCCGCCUUCCUUCCCAGGUUUAUUCCAUCCGCUUAGCAGCGCCGCCGAUGUCUCCUAUUUGACUCUACCUGUGGGUGACACAGGCGGCCUCCAGCCCUCUCCGCUCAGCGCUCAUCCAUACAGGACUCCUGUUCUCCUAAAGUGUCGGUCAGUCCUUCCAGCACCCGUUAUUCUGGAUUCCUCCAGAGGACAACAGCUUCCUGCUGGCCGUAUUUUGGAUGAAUUUGGCUCCCUACCAACCACCUCUGAGACAUCAAAAACUUGAAAUAACACCACUGGUACCAGGAGUGGUUCCAGAAAGCUGGCAAGAAGAUGGGGUUGGAGACGGGAUCACUCACCACAGGCUGGUGAAGAGGACCCCAGUCCAAGUGAGUUGCUGUAAUGGAAGUCAAAGGGAAAAAAAAAAUCGCAGGAAAAGGUACAAAGCCAUCACAAGAAAAAAACAGAUUUCAUAAAAACAGUGAUUCUGGUUCUUCAAAGACAUUCCCAAAAAAAGUUGUUAAGGAAGGUGGACCUAAAAUCACAUCUAAGAACUUUGAGAAAACUGCCACAAAACCUGGGAAAAAAGGUGUGAAGCAGUUCAAGAAUAAGCAGCAAGGGGAUAAAAUACCAAAGAACAAAUUCCAGCAGGCAGAUAAAUUCAACAGGAAGAGAAAAUUCCAGCCAGACAGUAAAAAUGAUGACACAGCAGCCAAGAAACCCAAAUGGGAUGAGUUCAAAAAAAAGAAAAAAGAACUGAAGCAGAGCAGGCAACUCAGUGAUAAAACCAACUACGACGUUGUUGUUCGGGCGAAGCAGAUCUGGGAGAUCUUAAGAAGAAAAGAUUGUGACAAAGAAAAAAGAGUGAAGUUGAUGAGUGAUUUGCAGAAGUUGAUUCAAGGGAAAAUUAAAACUAUUGCGUUUGCACAUGAUUCAACUCGUGUGAUCCAGUGUUACAUUCAGUAUGGCAACGAAGAGCAGAGGAAACAGGCUUUUGAAGAACUGCGAGGUGAUUUGGUUGAAUUAAGUAAAGCUAAAUAUUCCAGAAAUAUUGUUAAGAAGUUUCUCAUGUAUGGGAAUAAAGCACAGAUUGCAGAGAUAAUGAGAAGCUUUAAAGGUCACGUGAGGAAGAUGCUUCGGCAUGCGGAAGCGUCCGCCAUCGUGGAGUACGCCUACAAUGAUAAAGCCAUCUUGGAGCAGAGGAACAUGCUGACAGAAGAGCUCUAUGGGAACACAUUUCAGCUUUACAAGUCAGCAGAUCACCCAACUCUGGACAAAGUAUUAAAGGUACAGCCGGAAAAACUAGAGCUUAUCAUGGAUGAAAUGAAACAGAUUCUAACUCCAAUGGCCCAAAAAGAAGCUGUGAUUAAGCACUCACUGGUACAUAAAGUAUUCUUGGACUUUUUUACCUAUGCACCCCCAAAGCUGAGAUCAGAAAUGAUUGAAGCCAUCCGAGAAGCAGUGGUAUAUCUGGCGCACACACACGAUGGCGCCAGAGUGGCCAUGCACUGCCUGUGGCACGGCACGCCCAAGGACAGGAAAGUGAUUGUGAAAACAAUGAAGACUUACGUUGAAAAGGUGGCUAAUGGCCAAUACUCCCACUUGGUUUUAUUGGCGGCAUUUGACUGUAUUGAUGAUACUAAGCUUGUGAGGCAGAUAAUCAUAUCAGAAAUUAUUAAUUCCUUGCCUAACAUAGUAAAUGACAAAUAUGGAAGGAAGGUCCUGUUGUAUUUACUAAGCCCCAGAGAUCCUGCACACACGGUAAGAGAGAUCAUUGAAGUUCUGCAGAAAGGAGACGGUAACGCACACAGUAAGAAAGAUACAGAGAUCCGCCAACGAGAGCUCUUAGAAUCCAUUUCUCCAGCUUUGCUAAGCUACCUGCAAGGACACGCUCAAGAGGUGGUGCUGGAUAAGUCUGCAUGUGUGCUUGUGGCUGACAUCCUGGGAGCUGCCAUUGGAGACGUGCAGCCCGCCAUGAAUGCCGUCGCCAGUUUGGCAGCGGCAGAGCUGCAUCCUGGUGGCAAGGAUGGAGAGCUUCACGUUGCAGAACAUCCUGCAGGACAUCUAGUUCUGAAGUGGUUAAUAGAGCAAGAUAAAAAGAUGAAAGAAAGUGGACGAGAAGGUUGUUUUGCAAAAACACUUGUAGAGCUUGUUGGUAUGAAGAACCUGAAGUCCUGGGCUAGUGUCAAUCGAGGAGCCAUUAUUCUUUCUAGCCUUCUCCAGAGCUCUGAUCAAGAUGUUACAAAUAAAGUCAAAGCUGGAUUGAAAAGCCUUAUUCCCACAUUGGAAAAAAACAAAAACACCAGCAAAGGAAUAGAAAUGCUACUUGAAAAACUGACUGCCUAGGUAGAAACAGUUAAGAACAAGUUGGAUUCAUUUUUCCUCUUCUGUUUUCCCAGUACAGAAAAGAAGGGCUAGGGUCCGUCUUACUGGUAAUUUGGGUGCUCUGUAUAUGUGUUUCUUCUUUGUAUAAGAAUCUAUUUAUAAAAUGAUGUCUAAAAAUG